CCUCGAUGAUCAUCAUUCUGGGUCUUCUUCCUCACAAAACAACAAACAUGUCUCUUAAGUUUGUGCUUGUGUUGUGUGCUGCAACGAUGACAGUGGCGCGCCCCCAAAAUCGCCCAAAUGAGUACUAUAGCUCCACAGGUCCAGACAUUCCUGCUCAGUACAACUUCAACUGGCAAGUGAAAGAUGACCCCUCCGGCAAUGACUUUGGUCACGAAGAGUCCCGUGACGGCGACAACACCCAGGGCUCCUACUACGUGCUGCUUCCCGACGGCCGCCUGCAGAGGGUCACCUACACUGUCGACGGCAACUCAGGCUAUGUGGCCGAGGUGACCUACGAGGGUGAGGCCCAGUUCCCUACAUACCAGUCCUCCUACACCCCAGCUCCUCGCUACGCCUAAAGAUUCUUUAAGUGAUACUAUUUAUUGUAACAUAACCAACUAAUAUAUGGAAAAAAAACAUA